AUGGAGCAUCAGGAAGAAUCAUCAAAAAAUAAAGAUUUGGAAAAUGAACAUGUUUUGGAGGAAAACUCAAAAAUAUCCCGCCGAUGGGUGCAUCCCUGGCGCCUCAAGGUGGCGCCCCUCUUCAAGCCGAUACGCCGACCUCUAUUUUCGGGCAUGAAUUUCAAGUGUUACAUGGUCACGGUCUUGUCCGGUCGGAGGAGGAACAAGCGCUUCUUCCUUAACGUGACGCGCUAUUACAGGCUGAUGCCGAAGGUCCUUUCCACCGUUUUGAAUACUCUUCGAUGGAAAAACUGGCACACUUUCUUUAUGCUCACUACGGCGCGAGAAUUCCAACGCUGGCGACUUCGGUAUCCCAUGAGUCCAAUAACAUUUGGUAUAGAAAGUGUAGCGGUUUCGAAAACCGAGCAACUCCUCAAGAGACUGUGGACUCCCAAGCCAAAGCCCAAGAGGAGGGAGGCCAACGGAAGGAAGAAUCGGAAUGGGAGCUUAACAAACACCACAAUUUUUGAUGAAUAA